CGGUGUGGCGUUCGGUGCCAUGUACGUCCCUAACCAGACCAUCGCCCUCGGCACCCCAAACGUCUGCCACGUCACCACACAACCACAGCUACCCAUCUACCUUGUGGACCAAGCGGGCUUCAGCUCGUUCAUACGCGAUACUGGUUGCGACGAGUUUAAGGGCUACCAGAACCUAGGGACCGGCUGCAUCUGGCUGUCCACCUACACGAGGAACUGGAUUGGAGCGCAAUACGAGUGCCAAGUGAUGGGUGGCCGCUUGGCCGUUCUUGAUACGCCUGCCAAGUGCAAAGCCGUUGUCGAGAGACUCAACGCAACCCAACCGAAACUGCCUAGUCUCUUCGUGAACGCACUGGUUUCACAAUCAGCUUGGCAAUGGGAAGGUGGAGCUAGUGUGAACAACACUUUCUGGGCGCUCGGAGAACCAAGUAGUAGUAACAAUAACAAUCGUGUCAUCAUGAACCGCGACAAGGGCUACCUGCUCGACUCUGUGGAUUGGUGGGCUGAGUAUCAUUUCGCUUGCCAGGGUCCUCCGAAAUUUUGAACUGCGUGACUUAUAGUGACUGCGAAACAAGAUAUGAAAUGGCAUUCGGAGAUGGCGCUGCAACGACCUUAUAUGCCGGUUGAGUGGUGAAUUACAUAAUUAUUUAUGAUCGGAUUUUUAAUUUAGAAUAGUGUACGAUGUUGAGGGCUCGUAUGUACGCCAUGCUUUUCUAUGCACGUUUUAGGCGUAUUUAAUUAGUUAUAAACUACCUGAGGUAGGUUCGGGUACCAUAAACAAAUGAGGAUAAAUGAGGCACCAGUUAAGUACA